AUGGACCCCGUCAGUGUCCAACUCAGCAGUAAAAACCUAUGGGCCUGGCUCGUGAGGCUGGUCAGUCAACACCCAGAAUGGCUGAGCACCAAGAUGAGGUUUUUCCUCCCUACCAUGGGCAUGGGCUCCAGCGAUGAGACCCCUGACCCUGACUGGCAGCUCAGACAGCUGCAUGCCCAGGGACAGGCCACCUGGCAGUCAUUCAUCUAUGGUCUGUGCAUGGAGCUAGAGGUGCCUCUGCACCUGGAGGUGCCUCUGCUGAGCAUCUGGGGCCAAGACGAUGGUAAGGCCAGGCAGCUGGCAACUGAUGAGGAGAGCCAGUCUGGACCUCAGUUGAACCAAGGCCUCAAGCGCCCUCAUCAGAGCUGUGGCACCUCACCCCGCCGGAAGCAGUGCAGGAAACAACAGCUAGAGUUGGUCAAGAAGUACUUGCAGCUACUGAAGACCUUUACCCAGCAGCACUUUGCCUCCCAACUAGCCCAUGUUCCCCCAAUCCUGCAGUGGAGCCGGGCUUCCACUCCCUUGGAUGCUCAGGAGGAGGCUGGUGAGAACGACCUCGGGCUAGACGAUGACAUUGAUGUGAGCAUCCAGGACCUCUUCAAUUUCAAGACCCACAAGGAACCGCGAGUGACUGUACUCUUGGGGAAGGCCGGCAUGGGCAAGACCACUCUAGCUCAUUGGCUCCGACAAAAGUGGGCCAGUGGCCAGUUGGACCACUUCCAGGCCCUGUUUCUUUUUGAGUUCCGCCAUCUCAAUCUGAUCACGUGUUUCCUGACACUGUCCCAGCUCCUUUUCGAUCUGUACCUGAGCCCCGAGUCAGAACCUGAUGCUGUCUUCCAGUAUCUAGAGGAGAAUGCUCGCCAAGUCCUGCUGAUCUUUGAUGGACUGGAUGAGGCACUUCACCUCCAUUCCAACAAGAAGCCUGUGGCUGCUGAUGGUGCACGCUCAGCCCUCACCCUCUUCUCUGACCUCUGCCGUGGGACUCUCCUGCCUGGGUGCUGGGUGAUGGCGACCUCCCGUCCUGGGAAGCUGCCCACCUGUGUGCCCACAGAAGCAGCCUUGGUUUACAUGUGGGGGUUUGAUGGGCUGCGGGUAGAAAAGUACAUGAGCUACUUCUUCAAGGACCUGCUGUCCCAGGAGGUGGCCCUGGCAGAGAUGAGGACCAAUAGACGGCUCCGGGGCAUGUGCGCAGUACCUGAGUUGUGCAGGGUUGCCUGCCUCUGCCUCCACCACCUGCUCCCAGGAAGCCCCCCAGGUCAGUCUGAAGCCCUCCUGCCAACUGUGACCCAGCUCUACCUGCAGAUGCUCCUCUCCCUCGGUCCUCGUGGCACUCUGUCUUACCCUUCCCUGCUGGGCCUUGGGAAGGUGGCCUUGGAAGGCCUGGAUACUGGGAAGGUCAUCUUCUCUGCAGAAGACAUCCCUCCAUCUGUGAUGGCUUUUGGGGCUGUCCACAGCCUGCUGACUUCCUUCUCCAUCUGCACCAAGCCUGGGGUUCAAGAGACAGGCUAUGCUUUUUCCCACUUCAGCCUGCAAGAGUUUCUUGCUGCACUGCACCUGAUGGCCAGCGACAGGACGAACACAGACAAACUCACCUGCCACGUCACCCUCAAUUCUCACUGGGUGCUUCGGACCCAAACUAGACACGGUCUCUCCGAUCACCUCCCCACCUUCCUGGCAGGCCUGGCAUCCCAUGCUUGUCGUCCAUUCCUUAGCCACCUGGCCCAGCGGGAUGAAGCCUGGGUGGGCACCAGGCAAGCUGCUGUUGUCCAAGUGUUGAGGAAGUUGGCCACCCGCAAGUUCACGGGACCAAAGGUGGUGGAACUGUGUCACUGUGUGGCUGAGACCCAGGAGCCAGAGUUGGCUAGACUUACUGCUCAAAACCUCCCCUUCCAACUGUCCUUCCACAACUUCCCACUGACCCAUGCAGACUUAGCCGCGCUGGUCAGCAUCCUUGAGCACAGGGCCAUGCCUAUCCAACUGGAUUUUGAUGGCUGUCCGCUGGAGCCCAACUGCCCUGAGGCUCUUAUGGGCUGUGGGCAGGUGAAGAAUCUCAGCUUUAAGAGCAGGAAGUGUGGGGAUGCCUUUGCAGAAGCCUUGUCCAGGAGCUUGCCGACCAUGGGGAGCCUGCAGGUGCUGGGGCUAACCGGAAGUCAAGUCACUGCCCGAGGCAUUGGCCACCUGAUGCAAGUUCUGCCCCUCUGUUCCCAGCUGGAGGAGGUUGGUUUUCAGGACAACCAGCUCAAGGACUCAGAGGUGCUGAAGGUCAUAAAGCUACUCUCUUGUCUGCCACGGCUCCAGAAGCUAGACUUGAGCCGAAACAACUUCUCCACAUCCACCCUACUCUGCUUGGUGAAAGCGGCCGUCACGUGCCCUGCUGUCAGGAAGCUGCACGUCAGGGAGUCAGACCUCGUCUUUCUUCUUUCUCCACUCCCAGAGACAGCCACAGAGCAACCAAGAGCUCCAGGCCUACAGGAUGAAGACAGCUUGAGGAAAGAAGGGCAGAGAAGAAGUCUGGCACUCAGACUCCAGAAAUGUCAUCUCAGGGUCCAUGAUGUGGAAGCCCUCAUAGAACUGCUCCAGGAAGGCCCCCGGCUGGAGGAAGUGGACCUCUCAGAGAACUAUCUGGAAGAUGAAGGCUGCCGACUCCUGGCAGAGGCUGCACAACAGCUGCGCAUCACCAGGAAGCUGGACCUCAGCCACAAUGAGCUCUCUGAUUCCGGGGUGAUCUAUGUGCUGAGGGCCAUGAGCAUGUGCCAGACCUUGACAGAACUGCGCAUCAGCCUGCUGAGCAACACUGUGGUACUCAUGUUUGCCCAGGAACCAGGGGGGCAGGAGGGCAGUGGGGAGAGAGCGGCAAUGCGCAACAGCCUUGCACCUCCCGUGGCCUCUGAACCACCCCUGGGCCCCCGACGGAUCAGGCUGGCACACUGCGGCUUCCGGGCCAAGCACAUAGAGAAGCUCUGCAAGGCGCUGGGAGCCGGCUGCCUCCUUAGCUCGGGGCACCUGGACCUGUCAGACAACGCUCUCAGCGAUGAAGGGCUGGCCCUGCUGGCUCAGUGGCUCCCAGGCCUGGGACCCCUGCAAUCCUUAAACCUCAGCAAGAAUGGCUUGACCUUGAAUGCUGUGUUCACUUUGGCCCAGUCUAUGUCUGCCCUGAAGUGGCUUUUCCACCUGGACAUCAGCUUGGAGAGUGAGCUUGUCCUCCUUCGAGGAGAAAAGGCAAGCAGUCUGCAGGAGUGUCAGCUAGAGCCCUCGAGCCUUGCCCGCCUCUGUGCCGCUCUGGAGGACUGCCCAGGGCCGCUGAAAGUCCAAUUGUCCUGUAAGACCCUGAGCGACGAGGGCCUGGAGACCCUGCUGCGAAGCUUGCCCCGCCUGCCCCAGCUGAGCCUGCUGCAGCUGAGCCACACGGACCUGUCCCUGAGAAGCCCUCUACUGCUGGCCGACAUCUUUGGCCUGUGCCCACGGAUUCGGAAGGUGGAUCUCAGUUCCCUGCAUCACGUGGCCCUGCACUUUGGAUCCAGCAAGGAGCAGAACGGAGUGUGCUGUGGGUUCACGGGCUGCAGCCUUCGCCAGGAGCACAUGAAGCCAUUGUGUCACAUGCUGAGCCAGUGUGAAGCCCUCAGGCAGCUGGACCUCACAGACAACCUCUUGGGGGACGAUGGGCUCAGAUACAUUUUGGAAUACCUGCCGCAGCUGCCCAUCGCCGGCUGGCUUGACCUCAGCCACAAUCGCAUCUCUCUGGAAGGGACCCUGCACCUGCUGGAGACCCUGCCUUUCUGCCCUCAUAUCCGGCAGGCCUUGGUGAACCUGGGUUUCAAGCAGCACUUCCGGAUUCGCUUCUCCAAGCAGGAUGAGGCUGGCAUAACACUGAGGCUGAGCGAGUGCAGCUUCGAGCCCGAGCACCUGCCCAGACUGGCCGCUGGCCUGAGCCAAGCCCAGCAGCUGAUGGAGCUCUCGCUGACGCAGUGCCACUUGGACCUGCAGCAGCUGACAGUCCUCUUGAGCCUCGUGAGACGGCAGACGGGGCUGCUUGGCCUCAGAGUACAGGAGCCGUGGGUGGGCCAAGUCGGAGUGCCAGCCCUGCUGGAAGUGUGUACCCAUGCCUUAGGCCUCAUUGCUGAGCUAAGCAUCUCUGAGACCCAGCAGCAGCUGUGGAUCCAGCUGGAAUUUCCCCAUCACGAAGAGAAUCCAGAGGCUGUGGCACUCAGAUUGGCUCACUGUGAUCUUGGAACCCACCACAGUCUUCUUGUGAGACAGCUGAUGGUGACUUGCAACAGGCUACGGCAGCUCAGCUUGUCUCAGAUGAACCUCUGCAAUGGUGACGAUGCUAGCUCUCAGCUGCUGAGAAAUCUCCUGCUGUCCCUGUGUGAGCUGAAGAGUUUCAGGCUGACCUCCAGCUAUGUGAGCGCUGAUGGCCUCACCCAUCUGGCCUCUGGACUGGGAUGCUGUUACCACCUGGAGGAGCUAGACUUCUCUCACAAUCAGUGUGAUGCAGAGAACACCGAGCUGCUGGUGCAAGCCCUCCAAGGGACCUGUGAAUUGAGGAGGCUGCACUUCAGCCACUUUCCACUGGGAGGCUCCAUGCUGGCCAUGCUCAUUCAAGGACUAAGCCACAUGACCGUCCUGCAGUGCCUCUGCUUAAGCCACACUCAGAUUGGGGACACUGGUGCCGAGCAUUUAGCUGCCAUCCUGCCAGAGUUUCCAGAGCUCAGGAAGAUAGAUCUUUCAGGGAACAGCAUUGGCCUGGCUGGAGGAGUGCAGUUGGCAAAGUCCCUCACCCUUUGCAGGCGUCUAGAGGAAGUCAUGCUUGGCCAUAAUGUUCUGGGGGAUCCCACAGCUUUGGAGCUGGCUCAGGGGUUGCCCCCACACCUGACAGUCCUGAGCCUACCAUCCAGCCACCUGGGCCCAAAGGGGGCCUUGCGCCUGGUCCAGGCCCUAGAGUGGUGUCCAAAUAUGGAAGAGAUCAUCUUGGCAGGGAACAAGCUGGCUGGAGGGGUCCCACACUUCUGCAAAGGGUUCCGGCUGCUCAGACAGAUUGACAUGGUUUCCUGUGAAAUUGAUGACCAAGCCGCCAAGCGCCUUGUUGCCAGUCUCAUCCUCUGCCCAGCCCUGGAAGAAAUCUUGCUGUCCUGGAACCUCCUUGGGGAUGAGGCUGCUGCUGAACUGGCCCAGGUGCUGCCACAGAUGAUCCAGCUGAAGAGAGUGGACCUGGAGAAGAACCGGAUCUCAGCGCAGGGAGCCUGGCUUUUGGCUCAAGGGCUGGCCCGGGGCUCUUGCAUCCAAGUCAUCCGCCUCUGGAACAACCCCAUUCCCCCUAGUGCGGCCCAGUGUCUGCAGAGCCAGGAGCCCAGGCUGGACUUUGCUUUCUUUGACAAGCACUCCGAGGCCCCUGGGGACACCUGAUGGCCCUCUUAAGACCCUUGAGUCCAGCCAAGUAAUGGUGACAUCACCCACGAGGACAGCGGGUCUGGAGAAGAACCCCAGCUGAUAUCCUGCAACUUGUGUAUGCCUCCAGAGGUGAUCCUCAGGGUGGACUUUCUUGAGGACCGAGUGGGGGCUUGAUUUGACCAAAAGAGUACCCUACAUCCUAUAUGGCAUGUGUAACCAGGGGGACAUUGGGACAAUGAGGUUGUCAUGAUGUCAUACAUGACAGAGAAGUAUGACCACCUGACAUUACAUGAACUUGAAGUAUGACAUGUGGCCAACAGUUCCUAACAGUACCAGUAUCAAUAUA